AUGACUGUUCUUGAAUUCCUUCUUCCUCCUCCUCCCGCGCACUGGGACAAGAAUAAGGAAACUAAAAUCCAUCAAAAGAUUGCUGCAUGUCUGGCCAAGCCUAUCGAGCCUGCAGGCCAUGCCUUUAUGCGUCGUGCUCUUCGACAUCGUCACAAGCGCACUCUCAACGAGGAUCUUGAAAUUGAAGAGGCUCUUCGUGAGGCCAAUUCUGCCGACGUUUUGAUGGAAGAAGACGAGCCUGAAUCUGCAAAGCUUCUUCGAAGCGAUCCUUCCAAAUGGAAGGAUCAGGAUCACUACGCUAUCCUUGGUUUGUCCAAGGUUCGUUAUAUGGCCAACGAUGAAGAUAUUAAGCGUGCAUACCGUCGCAAGGUUCUGAAACAUCAUCCCGACAAGAAGGCUGCCGCUAGUGGCAGAACCAACGAUGACUCUUAUUUUAAAUGUCUUCAAAAAGCCUGGGAAAUCAUGAGCGACCCAAAAAAGCGUCGUGAGUGGGAUUCUUGCGAUCCAUUGUUUGACGAAUCUAUUCCAAGCCUGAAAGCCAAGGGCGAUUUCUUUGAUAUUUACACACCUGCUUUUGCCAAGGAGUCUCGUUUCUCCAAAAAACCCAAUGUUCCUGAACUUGGCGAUAUCAACUCCACUCGCGAGGAUGUUGAAUCAUUCUACAGCUUUUGGUUUGAUUUUGAGUCGUGGAGAACCUUUGAAAUGUUGGACGAGGAAGAUACUGAUAAUGCUGAAGGUCGUGAUCACAAGCGUUUCCUUGAGCGCAAAAACAAGGCUGCUCGCACUAAACUAAAAAAAGAGGACAACUCUCGCUUAAUCAAACUUGCCGAGCAGGCGUUUUCUCUUGAUCCCCGUAUUCGCAAGUUUAAAGAAGAGGAACGCUACGCCAAAGAUGCCAAGCGUCGUGAGAAGGAACAGCUGGCUAAAGCUGCAGAGAUUGAAGCUGAAAAGAAAGCUGAAGAGGCUCGCAUUGCCUGUGAGCUUGCAGAAGCCCAGGAGAAGGCUGUUAAAGACGCCGAAAAGGCCAAGCGUGAAAAAGCCAAGAAUGCCGUUCGAAAGGAGAAAAAAACUAUCAAGCGUCUUCUGCGUGAUAACAAUAAUUUCCUUUCUGGAGAAGCUUUGCCUGAUGCUGUGAUCAAUCAGGUCGAGCGUAUUGAGUUUAUCUUUACCUGGUCUGAAAUUGAACAUCUUGAGGCUUUCCGUACCCGUCUUGAAGAUGCUUUUGCAUUUGGUAUUGAUGCUCUUAUGCUUGCAUUUGAUGAGGAGCAUAUGCUUGCUGAAGAACGUGAAGCUGCAGCCAAGACGUCUGCCGACUCUAGCGAGACUCAGUCCAAGGACACCGCCAGUGCUGUCAAAACCAAGUCUCAAGAGUGGACUUCCAAGGAAAUCACCAUUCUUAUCAAGGCAGUCAAGAUGUUCCCUGGUGGUACAAUUUCUCGUUGGGAGAAAAUUGCCGAGUAUAUUAACGAGCAUGGCGGUCUUGAGGGAGAGUCUGAGGAACAAAAGGCUCUACCUGUUGCUGCUGAUCGCUCUCGCCUACAGGCUGCGGCAGCAAAACCUGUCAACAAGAUAGAAAUCAAAGAUGCCCCAUCCGAGCGCAUUGAACCUUUGCUCAAGACCACCACUGUCGAACCUGUUUCCAAGGCCAGUGCUCCGGCCACUACUAUGAUGGCUCCACCCAACGCCAACUGGAGCGCUGAGCAACAGCUUGCUCUUGAACAAGCCAUGCGUAAAUAUCCCGCAUCUGCUUUUACCUCCAAUCCUUCUGGACGUUGGGAGCAGAUGGCCAACGAUGUUCCUGGCAAGAACAAGAACGAGAUUAAGAAUCGUGUCAAGGAGCUUGCAAACAUGGUUAAGAAGAAAAAGGCUAAAUAACCAGUUUAUUAAUGAAAAAAUAUUAUACAU